AUGGAGAUAAAUGGAACGGACAGCAGCCUAAAUGGCACUGAAACUAAUCGUACUACCUUUCCAGGCUUCAUUAUUAGCCCGCAUUACAUCACGCAAUGGAAAUGGGAGAGGCAACGGAAGCGUCUUUGUGGCAUGUACAAUCAUUUAACGGAAUGCUCGCAGCUUAAUGGAAGCUGGCCUGACCCGAAUGAUCCACGUUGGAGCAGUGGAGAGUACAUAGAACUUCUGUCAGACUGGUCAAAUAUUACCAACGGGACGAUAACGGGAAAUGCAACAGUCCUAUCAACCGCGGAACCCUUCGCGCCUGUUCUACCACCCUUCGAACUCUGGCAGACGAUACUGAUUGCUUUCUCCCUCGCAUUAUGUAUACUGUUAACUAUCAGCGGUAAUAUUCUCGUCCUUCUGGCAUUUAUCGUAGAUAGUGCCAUCAGGCAACCGAGCAACUACUUCAUUGCCUCAUUAGCAGCCACUGAUAUGCUUAUUGGCACUGUGUCCAUGCCAUUCUACACGGUCUACGUUCUCAUGGGAUAUUGGAAUCUUGGACCCUUGCUCUGCGAUUUAUGGCUGUCCGUAGAUUACACGGUAUGCUUGGUAUCUCAAUACACAGUGUUACUUAUCACGAUCGAUCGAUUUUGUUCAGUGAAAAUAGCUGCCCAGUAUCAUAACUGGCGGACGAAAAACCGCGUGAUCUGGAUGGUGACGAUCACCUGGAUCAUUCCAGCGUUGCUCUUCUUUAUCAGCAUAUUCGGCUGGGAACACUUCAUCGGUUACAGAAACUUAGAUCCUGGCGAGUGUUCCGUUCAAUUCCUCAAGGACCCAAUUUUCAACACCGCCCUGAUAAUAGGCUACUAUUGGACCACCCUGGUGGUCCUAUUCAUUCUCUACGGUGGUAUAUUCAAGACAGCUUACGACAUGCAGAAGAAGAGCGAGGCCAAGCAUCGCAAGAUGCAAUCGAUGGUUGCUCUGAGUGCAGGCACGAUGUCUGGCAUGGCAGGUCGUGCAGCUGGUAUAGGGAUAUCGAAAACGCAAAGUACCCUUUUGAGUCAGGAUAAGCCGAAGCUAGGCACGUCAGGCGACGAGGGAGCAGGCGGAGAUGGCUCAGGCCAGAAGACCUCUUCGAAGACCUCUGGAACUGGGGUAACCGAUUCCACGGAGAAACAUACCUAUGGAAGCAAUGUUCCUACAGAGACGGAGAAAUCUGAACGGUCUAGUAGUCCAGUGUUCGACUCAGACGAGGAAAGCACUAUGGGCCCAACUCAAGAGCUCAUUAGCGCCAGGAAACGAUCCUCAUUAGCUGGCCUAGUUGCUCAGUCAGGUGCCCUACCAGUUUUCUCUACUAACGGUCACAUGAACGGAAUCGUCCCCGCGAAGGUGGACGUAAACAUGCAACCGAAGAAGACAUUCACAGCCAGCCCCACGUGUGACAUAGGCACAACGACACAGAAAACUCAAACGUUACCCAAAAUACAGGAACUGAGUCUCCUGGAUACAGAGAACGUAGCAGAACCUGACAAGUCGAGUAGCCAAACAUUGACACCGGAACAGUCUCAGUGGAACGGUGAGGGCGCCACUCAGCAGCCUCUGAACUCGGCUGAGACCUCGCCACCUACUCAUCCUACACAUUCGAUCAGCAGCAGCCAACAGAACAUUAUACCACCGCCUACUCAGUUUCAAAGCAGCCCUCAGGUGUCAGAGAGCACGUCUACUUCGUCAUGCACGGACAGACCCAAGUCGUUGGUCGUGUCUUCUCAUGGCACGGGUACCUACGACAUCUUGACAGGUUUAGAUGGCGGAGAUUUGAGGUACAUGGAUGAAAGUUCGGUGAUACUACCCAGUCCCUCUUAUGAGAGUCCAUCGUCUUCCUUUUCGUGUAGCCUAGCGAAUCCUCUGUCGAGUGCACCAUCGUCACCGAUCUUAGGGAACGUAUCCACAGCACCGAAUACCAGUCUAUUGCAGGCAGCUCUGAUCAGAGCCACGGCGCAACAAGUCGGCAACCAGCAACCGACGGGUGGUCAGAACAAGCAGAGCCAGCUCCAACCAGCUAUGUCGAACGCCUCUAGCCAGACGCAUCCUCCUCGAGUGUUCAUCACUCAGAAGACUAACGUCGCCUCUCAGACCUCACCAACUGUUAGCAAAGUGCACACAGAGGUCACUGUGAAGGCGAAGGACACGAAACAGCAGCCUGUGACCACGAUCGUCGGCUCGCCAGCUGUAGAGGCAUUCAACAGUGCAUCGAAUCAGUUCUCCGAUCAGGACACGAAGAUCAAUCCCCCUCAAAAUUCAUCCUCGAGUGGAAGCAUGGUACCCACUAUCUCUGGUACAACUGGAUAUGAGCAGGACUCUAAGAAGCAGUCGAAGAAGAAGGAAACUCGAAGCAGCGAGGAUGGAGGGUCUAGGAAGGACUUCGUGAAGACCAUUGGGAAACGUCUGAAGACCAAGACGCGAAGAAGGGACCCCUUGAUGGGACGACAGAAGUCUAGGUACGAGAACAGGGCCAGGAAGGCGUUCAGAACUAUAUCCUUCAUUCUGGGUGCUUUUGUUGCUUGCUGGACACCGUACCACAUUUUGGCAUUGGUAGAAGGGUUCUGUUCGAACAAACCCUGCACGAAUGAGCAUCUGUACAUGUUCUCGUACUUCUUGUGUUACACCAACAGCCCCAUAAAUCCGUUUUGUUACGCUCUGGCCAAUCAGCAGUUCAAAAAGACUUUCAUGAGAAUACUGAAGGGUGACCUGCACAUGACGUAA